AAUUGAUUGAAAGUAUCUUUGUGUGAGAUAUUACAAAGAAGUAUUUUAGUGUUGUUAAACAUUCAGUUGAUCACAGUUGAUUUGAGACAGCUAACGACAUAAUCUUUAUGUAAAUUACACCUUUUUCAAUUUGAAAUAUUCCAAUAUAAACAUUCUAAUCAAAUUAUGUGCUGUUGUGAAUAUGAUAUUAUUAAAUAUAUUCUCAUUUAUUCACUCACAAUGAUAAUGGUGAUUUAUCUUGUCAGUGGUGAAGAUUAUCUGCUAACAAAUGAAGAUAUAAGUAAACUAACUGGAGUGACAACACAAACAACUAUUGAUCCUGUCUUACUGGAAUCCUAUCGAAAAAAUACAAUUAAAUCGUUUAUUAUAUUCGGUGUAAUAUUUGGCCUUAUGAAUGUUGCCUGUUGGAUUGCAUCAAUCAUAAAAGCAAUCUCAGAUAGACGAAAAAUAAAAAGGAGAAAUUUAGCUCGUCAAGAAGCGAAACGUUUCAAAAGUACAAGUCAUCGACAUUCCGUUUUAAAAGAUUUAAUGGAUCCUGAACCACCAAAAUUAAUUUUACCAAGUAUUGUUGAUGAUGCAGUGAAACGUCAUAAAAACAUUUCGCCGACAAUUUCUAACACUUCCGAAUCUCCAAUUCAUCAUUUUUCAAGGUAUUCAACUUUACGACGUUCUCAAUCGCCAAAACGAUCAACAGAAAAUGAAGUGAAUGAACCAAUGGAAAAAGAGUCAUUUAUUUAAUAAACUAAUUUCUUUCUAUAUUUCUUCACCAUGAUGGCUUAGAUAUUUUAUUUGAUAAAUUAUCUUAUAGAAUACUUUUAAAAAUAUGUUAACCUAUUAUUUUGUUAUUAUGCAUCUUAUAAGUAAUUUUACACAUCUGAAAGUUAUUUGAGUUAUUCUCAACAAUAUUAUCAAUCAAUUCCUAAAUUUUAACUUUAUUUACAUCAAUAACUAUAGUAAUAUUUUAAUGUAUUAAAAGAAUAUAUUUGACGAAAC